UCCAUUUCAUGUUCCUUGAUAUUUCCACUUUUCUUUCAACUCAAAAAAAGAGGGCAUCUCUGUUGGUUUAUCUUCAUUGGUUUCUACUUUCCUCAUUUUCUUUUAACUCACCAAAAAAAACAAAAAAACAAAAAACUGUUCUUUGAUCCCAACUACUUUUCCUUUCCUUAGCCCCAGAAAGCCAAAAAAAAAAAAAAAAAACCCAAAGCCGCUAUCUCUAGUAUUUUGGUUUCUCUGCUUUCUAUCUAAAAAAAGAAGUCGGAGUUGGUGAAGUAAUUACCCUUAUUCUAUUUCUUUGCUUUGGGUUGGUCCUUAAUUGUUCUUUCCCGAUCUCCGGAGUUGGUGAAGUAGAAAUCCAUGCAGCUUUGGAAGAUCCAUUCGAAGUAAGUUACACUGCACCCGUGGCAUUUGUGUGAAGCAGAGAGCUAGAAACUUUGUGUUUGUCUCUUACCCUUUCACAUUCUAGUGGUGAGAAUAGAGAGUGCAAAGUUCAUUUCUGCUUCAGUUUUCUUUGAACUUAAAAAAAAAAAAGACCUUCACCGAGUUUGUGAGAUUGCUUAGAUCAAAAUAGAAGCUGGUCCGUCUUGGCUCCUAAAAGUUCAUCUAUAGAUUUCCUUGUCUCAGAUCAUCAAAGAAUGGCUCUUGAUUUUGUUGCCUCUGCUAUUGCCAAUUGCGUGGGGAACCUGGCAACAGAAUACACAUCACCUUAUCUCACUUACUUUUUCCGUUUUGGCAAAAUUGUUGAAGAUUUCAAGAACCGGCGAAAUGAACUUAAAUCAAAAAGAGAUGAGGUGAAAGAUGCUGUCGAUGAGGCUUUAAGGCAAACUGAGGUAAUUAAGAAGGGCGUUGAGGAGUGGCUAACAAAGGCAGAGAAAGAAUUGGAUGAAGCUCAGAGUUUGGAAGAAGAAAUAGAACGUAACAAGUGUUUCAAUUGGUGUCCUAGUUGGGGCUGGCGAUACUGCUUAAGUAUCAAAGUAGCGAAGAAGACACUUUGUAUCUCUAAACUUGUAGAGACUUGUAAUUUUCAACGAGUUGGCCAGCGUCCUCCUCUUCAAGGAAUAGAGUUGCUACUACCCAAGGAUUUCAUGCGUUCCGAAUCUUCAACGUUAGCUUUCAAUGGGAUCAUGAAGGCUUUAAAAAGCGAUGGUGUGAACAUGAUUGGGUUAUACGGAAUGCCAGGAGUUGGUAAAACAACUUUGGCGGAAGUAGUACUGAAGCAAGCUACAGAACAAAAGCUUUUUGAUAAGGUUGUGAGUGUUACGGUGUCCCAAACUCCAAACUUCAACGAAAUUCGAGAAAGGAUUGCAGAACUCUUUGGUUUAAAAUUUGAAGCCAGAACAGAAAAUGGAAAAGCAGAAGAGUUAUGGCGAAAAUUAAAAGCAGAGAAGAAGAUUCUCAUAAUUCUCGAUGAUGUUUGGAAAAAACUUGAAUUGCAGACUAUAGGAAUUCCAUUUGGUGGUAAGCACGAAGGUUGCAAAAUUCUUCUCACUACACGUCUUCAACAAGUCUGCAGUCAAAUGGAUUGUCAAAAGGAAUUUAAACUGAACAUUCUAUCUGAAGAUGAAGCAUGGGCUUUAUUCAAAGAUAAAGCUGCUCUAAAAGAUGACUCUUCAACCUCGAAUGUAGCACAAGAGGUUGCUCAUGAAUGUGGCGGUUUGCCCCUUGCAAUUGUAACUGUGGCAAACGCUCUAAAAGGUGAAAAUCUAGAUGGAUGGAUAGCAGCAAAUAGACGACUCAAAAGCUCAAGACAUUUGGAUAAUCAAGAUGUUUGCGGAGGUAUCUAUGGCUGCCUUAAGCUUAGUUAUGAUUAUUUGAAGGAAGAUAAUAUCCAGUCAUGUUUCUUGUUGUGCUCCCUUUUUCCAGAAGAUUAUGAGAUUAGCGUUGAGUUGUUGACUGUAUGUGGAAUUGGUCAGGGAUUGUUCAAUAAUAAUUACUUAAUGGAAGACUUAAGGAGGGAAAUUCAUCUAGCACUAUCAAAACUCCAAAAGUCUGGUUUAUUAUUGGAAGCUGAUGAUCAAGAGCAUGUAAAAAUGCAUGAUGUGAUUCGUGAUUUUGCUCAUUGGAUAACAUCGACAGGGGAAAAUAUAUUCAUGGUAAAAGAUGGGUUGAUGGAAUGGCCUAUGAGUGAAAGGUUUGGAUAUUAUACGGCAAUCUCCUUAUGAAACAUUGAGAUCAAGCAUCUUCCUAACAAAGUGGAAUUUUCAAAACUCAAGAUUUUAUUUCUCAAAGGAAAGAAUUCAUUGAGAGUUUCGUGUGCAUUUUUUGAAAGAAUGACAAUGCUCCGAGUUUUACUUCUUCAAGAUGUGGUACUCACACUGAAAGCACUUCAAUUCCUGACAAAUCUUCAAACUCUGUGCAUUAUAAAUUGCGAGCUUGAAAACAUCUCAUCAUUGAGGAAUCUGGAAAACCUCGGGAUUUUUGCAUUGCUGGAGACUAAUAUUUAUGAGCUACCAGAAGAAUUAGUGGGAUUGCAUAAACUAAAAUCACUAUAUUUUUCUUACAAUGAAAGGCCAUACUGCUAUUUCCCCUCUAACUUGCUAUCAAGGUUGGCCUCACUUCAAGAGCUGCACGUGACAAGUAGAAACAAUGCUAACUUAUUGGAGCUGAAUUCUUUGUCUGGUUUGACUGCAUUAACACUGAGAGUUUUUACUCAUCAAUGUUCUCAAGAAAACUUUGUGUUCCCUAAACUUCAAAGCUACAAUAUAGCUGUAAAUGCAUAUAUUGAAGAUUUGGAGGGGCUGAGCUGGAGAACCUUGAGAAUUAGAGAUUUCUCAUCCUCAUUAAAUGCAUUCAAGGAGCUAUUUUGCAAUGUGGAAAAGCUUACUCUGUACAAUAUCAUGGAACACAAAAAUAUUAUCCCAACGGUAGAUCAGUGGGGACUAAAUGAAUUAACUUCUCUUCAGCUUACAUCUUGCGAUGAUUUGGAAUGCUUGAUUGAUACAACACGAGAACAGAGUCCAGCCACUGCAUUCUCUAAUUUGGUGAACUUAGACAUUGAAGAUAUGACUUCUUUGAAAGAGUUGUGCCAUGGUGAAUCACCGAAUAGCUUCUUAAAAAAGCUAGAAAAAUUGAGAAUUUUCAAUUGUGAGCAGUUAAAAUCAGUGUUUCAAAUGGAUGGACUUCUUAUAAAUGAAGAAAGUCAGAUGUGGACGAUCUCCAAUUUAAGAAGUUUGGAGCUGACGUCAUUGCCAGCAUUAGAGAAUAUAUGGAAAGAGCCAACUCAUCAUGUAAGGUUACAAAGUCUGAAGGAAGUAACAAUUCAUGGUUGUGAUAAACUGAAAUCUAUCUUCUCACCUUGCCUUGCUCAAAGUCUGUUGCAUCUAGAAACACUUAAGAUAUCUAAAUGCGAAAAAUUAGAGCAAGUCUUUGCUUUUGACAAAGAAAUGGCAAACCUAGAGGUACCUCUUGAAAAUCAAGUACAACCAUUAUCAAAUUUAAGAAGUUUGGAGCUGCAAUCAUUACCAGCAUUGGAGAGUAUAUGGAAAGAGCCAACUCAUCAUGUAAGCCUACAGAGUCUAAAGAAAAUAAAAAUUCAAGGUUGUGAUAAAGUGAAAUCUAUCUUCUCAUCUUACCUUGCUCAAAGUCUAUUGCAUCUAGAGAAACUUCGGAUAUCUUUAUGCAAAAAUUUAGAGCAAGUCUUUCCUUUGGACAAAGAAAUGGCCGAGCUAGAGGUAAAUCAGACAGUACCACUCUCAAAUUUAAGAAGGUUGGAGCUGCAGUCAUUACCAGCAUUGGAGAGCAUAUGGAAAUGGCCAACUCAUCGUGCCAUUGGACUCCCUUGCCUACAAGAUUUUCAACUUGUAAACUUAAUAAAUUUGAGUUCGGAAAACUUUCUCAUCUCAUCACUAUCCUUGGAAAAGUUGAAAGUUUGCAACUGUCCUAAAUUGAGAAAUUUCACUAUUCAAAAAGAAGUUAAUGAACAAAUUCAGCUAGAGGAAUUAUAUCUCUCUAAGUUGGGAAAUAGCUUUCAAUUGCGUAUUUCAGCCAAUUGCAAUCAAGAAUAUAUAGCAGUUGGGAGUCAUGAAGAGCUAUUUCAGGUUCAUGGACGUAUAAAGGAACUCCACCUGGAGGAUUUAUCUGAAAAGUGGAUUAUAUGGAAGGAUGUCUCUCAGGUUGUAACUCUUGAAAACCUUACAAUUUUGAAGGUGAUUGAUUGCAAGAGGCUAAGAUACAUAUUUUCACCUACAACUGCUCAAAGUUUAUCACGGUUGGUCAAUCUAGAAAUACAAAAUUGUGAUGAAUUGGACCAAAUCAUUGCUGAGGAUCAAGUUUGUUCAUCAUCAGAUGGUGAUCUCCAACCUAUAAGCUUUCCUAAUUUGACCAUGAUUUCUGUUCAAUAUUGCAAAAAGUUGAAACGUCUCCUUCCUCUUGGAUCUGCUCUUUGUCUUCCAAAACUUAAAAAGUUAUGGGUUAUAGGGAACUCUAAAUUGGAGCAAGUAUUUGAACUUGAAGAUGAAGCAGAAGCGACAACCGAAAAAGAGAUAAAGUUUGAUCAAUUAAUGACUUUAUCACUUGAAGAACUACCAAGCCUCGUUGACUUUUGUCCAAGGGGAUAUCACUUUGUAUUGUCGGCUUUGCAUUAUUUCAAAGUAGAAGGAUGUCCCAAGAUGACUACAGGUUUCUUCAUAGAUUCAAAGGAAUAUGUGCAUGCCAAAACAGAGACACCGCAACCAGUUAAGCAAGACGCCAAGACCAUUCUACGGUCCAAGAGCAUUUGUUACAGGCUACCACCUUACAAGGAAGAACUAUGAGAUGAUUGCAGGGGAAGUUGCAAAGGCAUGUUUAAACAUCAAUGAGUACGUUGGAGCCAUUAACUAAACACAGGUAGUUGAAAUUAUUGUGCUUUGGGUUGAUCAAGAUGUUGGCUUCACAGAGUUGUCAAGCAAAGGGAUCACUUGCUUUCAAUAAUUUACCUAAUCAAUGUUAUAUUUCUCUCUGUAUCUACAAUAAGUAGAAGAAUAAGCUUAAAAUUUUUCUGUUUCUUAUCUUUAUUUCUGUAUUUUAAAUCAAGACAUGGGAAAUUAAACUUUAAUUUU